AUGCCCAGGAAUGUGUUGAGAGAAAUAUACAAGGCUUCAGUGAAUUAUGAAAAAGAGAAGCGACGUAAAGAUAGUAAUGAAUAUCGGACAACAACAACAAACUUCAAAGGAAUUGUAGAGCGCGCACAAAGAUCUAUGGACAAUGCUAAUGUGUCAAGAGAAGACAAGAAAGCAUUAUAUGCUAUAAAAACUGUCUUCUUGACACUAAGCACAGAGAUCAAUCCCAUGUUGCCUGCUGCAUCGGGCGUUAUCGACUUGACGGGUAAGGACUGUGAAUGUGUAAAGGCGUUAAUAGGACAUCUGCCUCGGGUGAUAGAAAUAUUAAGUAGAAAAUCUUUCACCUGUCAGGUAGAACGCCGUGCAACAGUUUCAACGGUUGUGGAACUGUUUGUAAAUACAAUGCAAGGCAUAUCACAUCCUCCUAGUCCAGUCGAUUUAAUGCCUUUACAUAUGCCUGAUGUAGGUGAUGAUUGGGAUGAUCGUGCAGAGGCAUUGACAGCCUUUGAUCUGGUCGAGGGUUUGUAA